AUGUGGAAUUCCUCGGGAAACAUAUUCGCAAGAACAAACCAAUAUGGGGUUCACGAGGAUGAGGAAGCUCUCUGGGUGGCUGCUCUGCAGAGAUCUCCUACAUAUGUUCGAGCUCGGACGUCUAUUUUUCGGAACCUGUCGGGAGAGUUUUCACUUGUAGAUGUUGGUAAACUUGAAGUUCAAAAGCAGAAGGCUGUGUUGGAUAAGUUGAUUAGUGUCAUUAAUGAAAAUCCAGAGCUGUUUUUCAACAGAGUCAGACAAAGAUUCGACGCCCCAUGUUUCCUUCAAACCUACUUCAAUGUUGUAGUCCCAGAGUUGAAAACCUUUCUUCCAAGAGUUGUAUAUGAUAUUCCUCCUGGUGGGGUUAUUCCUAUUUCUGUCAUGGGAAAUAAGGUUUCUGGACCCUUUUUGUACUCUUGCGGACAGUCUGGUAAUGUUAUCACUGAGGAUCUGAGAGUAGAUGCAUACAUACAUGUUGGAAGCAGAGCAUUGCCUACUAUUCCCAAUUUCAUUUGUAACAUGUCUGAGGCUUUCUGGAGGCAGUUCAGAAUUUUCCCUAGCAGAAGAAAGAAGUUAUCUGUCUUAAACAACAUCAGUGGUAUUAUUAGGCCUUCCAGAUUGACUCUGCUUUUGGGUCCUCCAAGCUCUGGAAAGACGACACUGCUGUUGGCUCUUGCUGGCCGACUUGGACCUGGUCUGCAGGUGGAUACAAUGCUACACAUCUCAUCAAUGCAGAUGUCAGGGAGAAUUACAUACAAUGGGCAUGACUUCAAGGAGUUUGUCCCCCAAAGGACUUCAGCAUAUGUCAGCCAGAAGGACUGGCACAUGGCAGAAAUGACAGUGAGGGAGACUCUCACAUUCUCCGGACGUUGUCAAGGUGUUGGAUUCAAGCAGGAUAUGCUUUUGGAACUUUUAAGAAGAGAGAAGAAUGCCGGGAUAAAUCCGGAUGAAGAUCUUGAUAUAUUUGUGAAGGCAGUAGCACUGGGGGAGCAGACAAGCCUUCUUGUGGAAUAUAUCAUGAAGAUGUUAGGAUUGGAUAUUUGUGCUGAUACAUUGGUGGGAGAUGAAAUGCUCAAAGGAAUCUCUGGGGGUCAAAAGAAGCGUCUUACUACUGCUGAAUUGCUAAUGGGUGCAUAUAGAGUGAUUUUCAUGGAUGAGAUAUCAACUGGGCUUGAUAGUUCAACAACGCAUCAAAUUGUUAAUUAUCUUAGGCACACAACUCAUGCUCUUGAUGGGACUACAGUCAUUUCACUCUUGCAACCAGAUCCUGAGACUUAUGAGUUGUUUGACGAUAUAAUACUUAUAAGUGAAGGGCAGAUUCUAUAUCAGGGGCCCCGUGAUGCUGCUCUCAUAUUCUUUGCUUCCAUGGGUUUUCGGUGUCCAGAUAGGAAAAAUGUUGCUGAUUUUUUGCAAGAAGUUACAUCAGAAAAAGAUCAGCAGCAGUAUUGGUUCCUUGAUAGCCAUUACCAGUAUGUGCCUGUGGCAAAGUUUGUAGAAGCUUUUCGAUCAUUUUGGGUGGGUAAUUAUUUGUCCCAGGAGCUGGCUGUUCCAUUUGAUACACGCUAUAAUCAUCCAGCAGCUCUUUCAACUAGUGCCUAUGGUGUAAAGAGGGCUGAGCUUCUCAAGAUCAGUUUUUCCUGGCAGAUGCUACUACUGAAACGAAAUUCAUUUGUCUUUGUGUUCAAAUUCAUGCAGGUAAUGUUUUCGUCAGCUUUGUCAUCAUCCCAGGCUAAAUGCCUUGCACUUAGCAUGGACAUUGCUACCAGACUUUCUGGCAGACGAGGUCACAGCACCGAACAUCAGACCAUAUUCAUGAAACUUUGA